GCGAAACGUAUAAAUGGCUGCUAGGCUGGGUUCUGGUGCUCCUUGUUUUCAGCCUCUGCUUCCCCUUAGACGUUCUCGCUCACGCUCAAUAUUUAUCCACGAACGAUGACACACUUAACUUCUAGUCCGAGUUCGCCGCUACCAUCUACCACACCAACCGCGGUCUCCUCUCCUGCUCACUCUAAUCUCGACCUUACUAGAUUCAACUCUCCCCAACAUGAUUCUACUCGAGCUGAUCUCUCAUAUCCAUUCGAAACUACCAAUGUCAAUCCUGUUGGACAACUUAAUGAAUACCGUGCCAGGUCACCUACGGGUCUCAUACCGGAACGCUACUUGGAACCCAUCGCCUCCCGGACAAGUGAACAGACACAUACACGCACCGUCAUUGAUGUAGAAAAGGGAGGAAAAACCAAGGGAUCGAAAGGUUUUCAGUUCGUGACCUGGAAGGUGGACGAUCCAGAAGAUCCGAGAAAUUGGAGCAAUCUUUACCGAUGGUAUAUUACCGCUGUAUGUUCGAUCGCCGUUGUACAAGUGGCAUUCGCAAGUGCUGUCGUUACUGGUGAUUUCAAGGGGAUGGAGAGCGAGUUUGGAGUCAGCGAAGUAGUCGUCGCUCUUUCUGUGUCUCUGAUGGUCGUUGGGUUUGGUUUGGGUCCGCUAGCUUGGGCACCUCUAUCCGAGCUAUAUGGACGUCGGCCACUGUGGGUCGGCCCUUCUCUCAUCUACGUCAUCUUCAACAUACCCUGUGCUCUUGCGCCAAAUAUCGGCACUCUACUCGUAUGUCGCUUCUUGUGCGGGUUCUUUGCCUCGGCGCCCCUUACCCUUGCGGGCGGCACGAUCUCCGACGUAUGGGACAACAACGAACGAGGACUUGCCAUCGCUUUGUUCGCUGCUGCGCCUUAUGGUGGGCCUGUCUUGGGUCCUAUCGUCGGUGGUUUCGUUGGAGAAAACAUUGGAUGGAGGUGGAUGCUUUGGGUGAACAUGAUUUUCGCUGCUGUCACAACGGCCUUCUCGUGCUCUAUUCCAGAAACUUUCGCUCCAGUACUGCUCGGGAAACGUGCGGUAACGCUGCGGAAGGAAACUGGCGAUGAAUCCAUCGUGACAGAGCAGGAGAUUUACGGGAAAUCCGUCGGACAGUUGUUGGUUGAGACGCUUAUCAGGCCUUUCGAAAUGAUUGUCACAGAGCCUAUCCUCCUACUAAUGAGCUUAUACAUCGCACUCAUUUACGGUCUUCUUUAUGCAUUCUUCUUCUCCUUCCCUGUCGUUUUCGGGGAAGGUUACGGUUGGGACGAUGGCCGUGUCGGCUUGACGUUCCUUUCGGUUAUCAUCGGCCUGCUCCUGGCUCUCUUCUUUACGCCACAACUGGAGAAAGAUUAUCUCCGCCGCUGCGCUGAGCGGGGUGGAAAAGGCGAGCCUGAAGACAGGUUGAUUGGCAUGAUGAUGGGCGCACCGUUUGUUCCUAUUUCCCUUUUCAUCUUCGGGUGGACAAGUCCUCCCUAUGUGAUGCCUGGCGGUGGCAACUGGGUUGGCCCCUGCAUUUCUGGAAUUCCCUUUGGCUUUGGCAUGGUUAUCAUUUACUUCUCCGCCAACGCCUUCCUCAUUGACGCAUUUCCUGGCUAUGUCGCGUCUGCUCUUGCAGCCAAGACCGUCAUCCGAUCUGGGUCGGGCGCUGCUAUGCCUCUAUUCAUCACUGCUAUGUACCACAACCUGGGCAAUGGCUGGGCCGCAAGCGUCUGGGGUUUCGUCUCCUUGGCAAUGAUUCCUAUACCAUUCUUCUUCUACCGGUAUGGCCCGCAGAUCCGUGCGCGGUCAAAGAGAGCUACUACUUCAUAAACGGGCUGCUCUCCGUUUUGGCUGGGGUGUGUUGUCUUUGAGGGGCUGUUGCUUUUUUUGUUCGGAGUUUUGCAGUUGCUGUUGUUGUUGUUUUUAGGACUUCUCUCUCAUUGAGACUCUUGCAUUGUAUUCUACAUCACUAAUUUCUCUCACAUUCACAUGUCAACCUACCUCCGACAAUAGAAUUUCUUAUCAUUUUACCAUUUUUAAAUCAUCAUCAUAGACUAGUAUACC